GAGGCCGCUCUUGUGGCCCCAGCCCCUUCGGUGGCGGUGGAGGCUCCACCGGCCCCCCCAAACUCCCAGGAGCCCCCGCUGGUGUCCGCGGCGGCGUCCCCGAUCUUCCUAAGGGCCGGCCGAGUCUCUCCUCCAGACAGGACACUCCAGGAGGGCCCCCUCCUCCGGUCCCCAACACACCCCGACCCAACCAGAGCUUCCAGUCUCGAGGGGGCCCGUCUCCGCCGUCGCUCCCAGCAGGACCCAGACCUGGCCACGCCUCCGGGGCCCCUCCUCCCAGUGUUCCUUCAGGGAGGCACGGACUCCUCCCUCCUCCUCCAGGAGGCUCCUCAUCGGGACCCAGACCAGGAUUCUCUGCGCCUCCUCCUCCACCCCCAAACAACUCAGGGGCCAGCCGAGGGCCCGUGCUUCCACCAGGAGGCCGCUCUUGUGGCCCCAGCCCCUUCGGUGGCGGUGGAGGCUCCACCGGCCCCCCCAAACUCCCAGGAGCCCCCGCUGGUGUCCGCGGCGGCGUCCCCGAUCUUCCUAAGGGCCGGCCGAGUCUCUCCUCCAGACAGGACACUCCAGGAGGGCCCCCUCCUCCGGUCCCCAACACACCCCGACCCAACCAGAGCUUCCAGUCUCGAGGGGGCCCGUCUCCGCCGUCGCUCCCAGCAGGACCCAGACCUGGCCACGCCUCCGGGGCCCCUCCUCCCAGUGUUCCUUCAGGGAG